UUCCUGGUUUCUUUGCUUGCCAUAAUAACAACUUCCGGGUUAAAUUUCCGCUCCACGCGAGAAAUGACAGCAAAAGCGGUCUUAAUAAAAUAGUUUAACUUACAUUAACCAACGUCGUUAUUUGCCGAAUAUAAAUGUUUGUAUUCUGUUACUAUUAAAAUAAUUUUUAUAAUCUUGAUAAAAUGGUGUUUUACUUCACAAGUGCCGUGGUGAAACCGGCUUGCACUAUUUAUAUGGGGAAAGACAAGUAUGAAAAUGAAGAUCUCAUCAAGUAUGGCUGGCCUGAGGACAUUUGGUUCCAUGUGGACAAACUGUCCUCAGCUCACGUUUAUCUCCGCUUGCCAAAGGGUCACACCAUAAAUGACAUCCCCCCUGAGGUGUUGAUAGACUGCGCACAGCUGGUGAAAAACAACAGCAUUCAAGGCUGCAAGAUGAACAACAUCAAUGUGGUUUACACGCCGUGGGCCAACCUAAAGAAAACAGGAGACAUGGAUGUCGGACAGAUCGGCUUCCAUCGACAGAAAGAGGUAAAGACGGUAGCGGUGGAGAAGAAGGUCAAUGAGAUUGUGAACCGGCUGGAGAAAACCAAAGAUGAGCGCUACCCAGACCUGGCGGCCGAGAAGGAGUCGCGAGACCGUGAGGAGAGAAACGAGAAGAAAGCUCAGCUGCAAGAGAACAAGAGACAUGAGAAGGAGGAGCAGAAGAAGAAAAAGGAGAUGGAGGAUCUCAAGAACUACACGUCAUUGAUGAAGAGUGAAAACAUGCAGACCAAUGAGGACGGCUAUGAGUCAGAUGACUUCAUGUGAGCCGCUCCACUUGCCCGCCGGGACGCUCCCCUGCCGGCUGCUUCCGCUCGCUAACAACAGCAUAGCUUUGACAUUAAGACUUAAAAAAAGGGACUAAUGGAGCAGUGAGCAGGUCAGUGAAAGACAGAAUCAGGACUCUGACGCUCUCUCCCUCAUCCUUUGUGACGGCUGGAUCAGGUGCUGCUUUCAGACUAACUCAAGGAAGAACAUUUACAGUCCACGGGACAAGUUGACAUUUAUUUUGGGGGGAUGUGAGACUAUAUGAUUUAUGAUGUCAAACAAACCUGCUCCACAAGGUGUUUUGCAUGUUCAAAAACAUAAAUUAAAUGUGCAAUCAUUUAGGUGAAGUAUUGUUUGAAAUUAAAUCACAUUCACAAAGAUUGAUUUUGUUAAACUGAUAAGAAUAGAUACAAACAGAAUCAUGGCACAACAUCAUUUGAUUAGUGUCAACAAUACCGUUUUUAUUAAAUAUGUUAUGAAUACAGUCUGGACUUGUGGUUUUAUUUCUUAAAACCAUAAACGCAUCAUUCACGAGAUCUUGCAUAUUAUAAUUUGUGCCGGGAAAACAUUUGAACCCUCUUAAAAAUCCCUUCCUUGUUGUAGUAUUGAUUAGAAUGGACUUCAAACACUAAAAAUAACAUUAUUCACACUUUCCAUUAUUUCAACUAGUUUAAACAUCAAAAUGUUCAGCUCGUUCACGACUCUUAUCUUUUUCCACGUUCAAAAAGUUCCCGCAUUUUCCACAAUUCCCAAUUUCCCGCACCAAUCGUCUAACUCAGUGAUUCUCCAACUGUGGUCCAUCUAGUGGUACGCCAAGCCAUCACUUAAUGAAAUAAUGUAAUUUAAUGUAUUAUUUAAGUAAAGUGUUUUAUUUUCCUAUACUCUAUCUAUCAAACACAGUGUUAUUGUUGAAACUGUGUGUAAUGUUACACUGGCCAAAAAUAUGAAAUAUACUUGUUAAAUAAAACCUCUGCCUUGUUUUUAAUGAAUACGUAGGCCUUCCACGCUACUGUAUUUUAAUGUUGGUCAUUAUGGUGGUACUUGAAAUG